AUGCCUCACAAACAGAAGAAGAACUCGAAUCAUGCGCCUAAGAACGGCUCUCCCCGAGCGGAGAGGAAACGGUCAGUGCCGGAUUCUGCUCCGCUUGCUUUGCCCGGGUUAGCGACGACGAAUUACCGGGAAAUCCACCAGAAUGAAGUCGAGGCGUUGCACUCGAUCUAUGGGGAUGACUUUGAAGAAAUCAAGCACAGGCGUUCUGCCUGGCAGCAAUCGUCCGAUGUGGCUUUCAAGCUUCAUCUGCGGUCUUCGUCUGACCCCGAAGUUCGCGUGGAUAUGCUCGUAGAGCUACCUACAACAUAUCCAAAGACCUAUCCGAAUCUGUCGCUGGAUAAUUCGGAGCAUAUGCGCCAUACGGCUCGAUCAAGAAUUCAAGAUAUCAUACGGAACAAACCCAAAGAACUACUCGGUUCGGAAAUGAUAUAUGAAAUUGCCGUCUCAAUCCAGGACGUUCUCGAAGAUGUCGCUCAGGCUCAGGCUCAGGAUAAGGAUCUUCCCAGUCUAGAAGAGGAACGCAUGGAACAAGAAGCCGCCGCAAAUCAACGGGCAGAAUUGGAACGACAAGAGGAGCUCCGGAAAAGAGAAGCGGAAACAGCAGAAGAAGAGCGAGCUUUGCAGCAGCUCUUGGAGGACAAACUCAGAGAACGGACCAAGGCUCGCCUUUCGAGGAGAAAGAGCAAGACCUCGGGGAUGGACCUGUCCGGAUUUGUUGACUCCGCGGACCAGUUUCCUGGGGCAAUCUCCUUCGAUCCGCCAUUGAUAAUGAAUGACAUCGACGAACAACCGCUGGGCUUCCAGACCGUAUAUGGGAAGACACUCCUGCAAAGCAGUCAAGGCAAGGAAACCUUUACGGUUAGGCCCGUUGUGUCCGAGAGCCGAGCACAUGCACCCCUUCUAGUCUUGAAGGAGCUCUCUCUAGAUGGGAAAGGUUCGGAGUCGUUGGCAUUUCGGGAGCGAAUGCGUGCCAGCGAGGACAAGCUUGAGGCUCUGAAGAAACUUCGGCAUCCCAACCUGGUGGAUUUUAUUGGUUUCAAGAUAUAUAGACCUUUAGACUCCUUUGAUACGCAGGACAGCACCUGGAGAGUUUACCUGCUUCUUGAGUAUGCGAACAAGGGCUCGCUCUCCGAGUUCUUGGACAUUGUGGGGACAGUGUCCGUGGAGAUUAUCCGUAGUUGGAUGAUUCAGCUUCUCGAGGCUCUUGAGUUCUAUCACCGCAGCGGAUUCGUGCAUGGGGAUAUCCACUGUGGACGCAUAAUGUUGUUCAGGAACCCGCACGGUGGCACCAUUGUAAAGCUGCAGGCAAGCAUUGAAGAAGCACUUCCGGACACUGAAGGCACCAAGCGAUGCCUGACCACCUCCAAAUCACCCUUUUGGAUGCCUCCGGAACUUACGCAAGAGAACGCGCCGCUGACAAUGAAGACUGAUGUAUGGGACAUGGGUAUAGUCUUCCUGCAGAUGGCAUUUGGCAAGGAUGUGCUGCAGCGCUACACAUCGGCCAACGCACUCAUGGGGACUUUAGGCCUCUCGGCACCCCUGCAGGAUCUGCUGCACGAAUUCUUCCGACCAGAUCCCAAGAAACGGCCAACUGCUUUCCAGCUGCAACCCUUUGAGUUUUUCCGCGUUGACACCCCAUUGAUUGCUCGCACUAGUACCUCGAGCUCAGUCUCACUGCCGCGACGUCCGCGCCUCGACUCUAUUGGUGGUCUUCCUGCAUUCUCCCGAUAUAACCAAGAUUUUGAUGAGGCCGGGCGCCUGGGCAAGGGCGGUUUUGGUCAGGUAGUAAAGGCCAGGAACAAGCUCGAUGGUCGUUUCUAUGCGGUCAAGAAGAUUUCCCAGAGGUCUGCAGCCGCGCUUAAAGACACUCUGUCGGAGAUCAUGCUGUUAUCGAGACUCAACCACCCAUACGUGGUUCGUUAUUUCACCGCGUGGCUGGAGGAAGAGUACGAUCAAGUCGAUGAAGAAGCUAUCUCUUCGACUGAAGGGGAUCCUUUCGCAAGUCGAGAUGCGAACGAAUUUGAUUAUAGUACUACUGGAGGUCUUGACUUUAUCAGCUCCAGCGGUUACCCCAAGAUCGAGUUCGCCUCCGAUAGUGAGGACGAGCAGAAUAGGAGCAUGUCACAUCAGAAUGGGACGGCGUCAAUUGUCUCCUACAGUGAGCCAAGUGCCACAGGGACUGAGCUUAGUCGAGUAAGGUCCGGCUCUCAAGGUCGACCACAUCUUACUACUCUUUUUAUUCAGAUGGAGUACUGUGAGAAACAUACUCUCCGUGAUUUGAUCAGAAACGGUUUAUAUGAUGAUAUUGAUCGAACUUGGCGUCUGUUCCGUCAGAUCCUCGACGGGUUGAGUCAUAUCCACAGCCAUGGCAUUAUACAUCGAGAUCUGAAACCCGACAAUAUCUUCAUUGAUGUAGCAAGCAACCCGCGCAUUGGAGAUUUUGGUCUAGCUACCAGCGGGCAGUUUACCACGGCCGUGCGAUCUUCUACCACAGCAGACUUUGAGGGGAACCUCACUCGUAGUUUGGGUACGACUUACUACGUUGCGCCGGAGAUGAAGUCGGUCUCUUCAGGUCACUAUAAUGAGAAGGUUGAUAUGUAUUCCCUGGGUAUCAUCUUCUUCGAAAUGUGCCAUGCUUUGCCCACAGGUAUGGAACGCGACCAGACACUGCGGGCGAUUCGAGAAGAGCAUCAUAUUCUUCCGGCGACUUUCCAGUACUCGGAUAAGGCACUUCAGGGUAGCAUCAUCGAGUCAUUAUUGAGCCAUGACCCGAAAGAACGACCUUCUGCAUCAGAACUUCUCCAAAGUGGCAAGAUUCCUCUACAGGUUGAAGAAGAGACGUUCAGACGAGCAAUCGUUCAUCUCCUUUCUGAUCCUAAUGCUCCCGACUACAAGAAGAUCCUUUCGGCUAUCUUUUCGCAAUCACCAAAGAAGUUUGAAGAUAUUGCCUGGGAUAUGGAGUCGCGCGCUGCCCCGGCUGCCAAUGAAUUACUUGUUCAGGGUCUGGUCAAAGAACGGCUCACCGCCAUAUUCCGCAGACACGGAGCGGUGGAAACGACUAGGCAGAUGCUAUUCCCUCGAUCUCAACACUAUAGAAGUGGUGCUGUGCGAUUGCUAGAUUCAUCGGGUAAUCUGCUCCAGCUACCGUUCGAUCUAACGUUACCGAAUGCACGCUCCAUACCCCGGCAAGAUCCCUCACUGGAAAAGACGUAUGCAUUUGGCACAGUUUAUCGAGAAAUGCCUCAUGGGGGUGAGCCCCGAACUCACAAAGAAGUGGACUUUGAUAUUGUAUCGCGAAAUGCUCUGGAUCUCGCGCUGAAGGAAGCGGAGGUAAUCAAAGUGCUUGACGAAAUCAUUGAGGAAUUCCCACCACUAAGGUCAUCUCCGAUGAGCUUCUUGAUCAAUCAUUCCGAUCUUCUUCAACUCAUUAUGGACUUCUGCCGAAUCACUCCUUCUCAAGUUCCACUGGUCAAGGAAGUGAUUAGUAAGUUGAAUUUCGGUAAAUGGUCGAUGCAAAAAAUUAGAAGUGAGCUUCGUUCACCUUCCAUUGGGGUUGCUUCUACCUCGCUAGAUGACCUUGCGAGAUUCGAUUUUAGAGACACUCCGAAGCAGGCUCACAAACGGCUCAAAGCCAUUAUGGAAGGCACAGCAUUUGCGGAGCGGCUGGCGCCCAUAUUCGCCCGCAUCAACCUGCUGGUUACAUACUUGCAAGGGUUCGAUGUCAAGCGGAAAGUCUACGUCAAUCCUUUAGGUAGUCUAAACGACAAGUUCUUCAAAGGCAGCAUCCUGUUCCAGUGCGUCUUCAACACCAAACGACCAGAUGUUUUCGCAGCUGGCGGUCGGUAUGACAAACUGGUGCAAGAAUUCUGCCCGAAAGUUUUGACAGGCCGCCCCCAAACGCAUGCGGUUGGUUUCAAUUUGAGCUGGGAUAGGCUUAGCUCGGCGAUGCUCGAUUAUCUCAAAGGCACAACAAAGGCAUCGAUCAAGGGGUCUGAAUCGGAUGCUGGCGCAUUCUGGAAGACGCGAAGGUGUGAUGUGCUUGUUGCCAGCUUUGACGCAACCGUGUUGCGCACAAUGGGUAUCAAGCUGGUUCAGGACCUAUGGUCCAGUGAUAUCAGUUCGGAACUUGCAGUUGACGCCUCAUCUCUGGAAGAGCUUCUCUCCAAGUACAAGGAUCACAAUCACAGCUGGAUUGUCAUCGCGAAGCAGGAUAGCAAGGAGCGUGGCUUUAAAGUGCGAUGCCUCGUUCCUAAGGAAGAACUAGAUAUACGGAGCUCCGAACUUAUCCCUUGGCUUCGAAAUGAGAUACGCGCGCGCAAUCAACGGGAGGGCGCCCCUGACUUACGACAGGCUCGAAUGCCGAGUCAGACAGAUUCAAUCGCCGGUGUCAAUGAGCGGGCCAACGAUGUGCGCAUCCUGGUCUCUCAGCAUCGGAGCAAGAAAACCAACCGGAGGAACAUUGUGGAGUCCGCCCUCCUCCGUGCCCGUGAAGUCGUUGAGAGAGCCAUCAACGGACCAAUCGCCGCUAUAGACACUCGAGACGAUCUCCUUGAAGCCAUCAGGGAUACGCGUCUAUCGGAUCCCGAUAGCUGGCGCUCCGUCAUACAGAGUGCCCCACUUACUGAACGAAAGUACCUCAGUCAGGUUCACGAGCUGCUGCUUGACCUUGCUAAUGACAUCCUUACGAAUGAUGGCCCGGACACCGUCAGCAAUGCGUUCAUCUAUAAUUACCGAACAGGAUCGUGUCUAUACUAUGACCUAGGGCGUGGAAGUGAGAAGUAA